CAAAACAUCCAAUUCGAGCCCGUUCGUCGCAUGGUCAUGUCUGUUCUAAAGGAGAUCCGAAUCUCUGAUUCUUUGGCUCUCAAUCACCGCGGCAAAACUCCUGUUUUCGUCGAUGUUCUUCCCUCUGCCAGUGAUUCUCCGUACACAACGGCUGAGACUUUCAACACUAAUGAAAGUCUCGUGAUAGUAAUACCCAUGUACGUCGAAACGUAUUAUAGCCCAGGAAAACUUCUCCUUCCUUCCCUACACCUUCGUGCUGCACGCGUUCUGGUCCUAGCUCGAAUACAGGAGACGGAGAAUUUACAUCAUACAUACGACGCCCUAGAAGACGCUCACUUCGACGCUCUGCCCCACCAAAAAAAUAAUCCCAACGCAUCUAGGCUUCGUAACCAGGAUCGUCGUUCUCUCGUCAACGCUGUUCACGAUGAACUAGAUUUCUGGGAGGUUUACGCAUCAACGACGCGUUACAUUGCCGGAGACAUGUUCCCUCUCGCCAACUGUACGUUCUUCUCGCUGCUCGGCUAUAUGGUGCAUCGAGGAUUUACCUGGAACAGGCUGGGUGGAAAAAGGACAUGGCCACAUUUGCAGGCAUAUUAUCUCAGAGUCCACGAGCGUGAAUGCGCGAAGAGAGCUCCGCCACAGGGUUGGGAUGCUCCUGGGGGAGCCAAUAUCUUUCGAACUUGA